CUUAGCCCCUUAGUUUACAAUGGUUUACAAACUCGAUAAGAUCUACAGUCCCAAUGUGGGGAUCCGAACUAUCAAAUGGCACCUAUUCUGACAUCGCUCCCUUUGUGAAUGAUAAACAACAGUAUCACUGUUCAAAAUAGUAUUGUUUGGUCUAAUUUUAGAAGAUCACUUUUCACCGUUUACUAAAGAUUGUAAAGAGCAAAAGGAGUACGAUGGCAAGACACUUGACUUGGUGUUUCAAACGCACAUUGCACUUGACGAAUUUUUUGAACGUGCAUAGACGAUGUAUGCUAAUUCAAACGGUUAAACGCAACUUUUCUGCAAAGUCACUGGGGACAAUAGGAAAUACUAUAAUUAUCCCAAAAUUAUCCGAAAUCACGGAAGACAAUAUCGAUAAUGGAGAAGCAGAGGGUUACAAAGACUUCUUGAAGGGCACUCAUUUUGGCGAGAACACAGCCAUCAAAACGCUUGCAGAACUUUUGUCUUUGACAAUUGAUGAUGCAACAAAAAUCGUCAAAGAAUAUCCAGUUCUUGCACAUGUGCCAGAAAAAUCGAUUGCCAAAUUGACUGAAAUUCUCUGCAAUGCUGGAUUUCGCAUUGAAACAAUAGCCCAAAAUCCGUUUCUUCUUACGGAAAUCAAUGGUAGUUUGACAUACAAGAUAAAAAUCUUGGAAAAAGUCGACGUCGAUAUCAAUGACGCUGUACAUCUUUUCCACCUGAAUCUGCUAUUACUCACACAGUUUAGUGAGGCCAAUGCUGUAGAUGCUACUUACUUACCUCAACGUAACAGAAUAAGAUACUUUGCUGAAAGAUUCAAUCGUGAUAUCAAUGUGAUUUGUCAUUGGUUAAGCUACAAUCAUCACAUCCUGAUAUGGCCCAUUGACAGGAUUAAGGCUACUACAGAAAUUUUUCUGGAUGCUGGGAUUUCGUCGCAUGAUAUAAUGAAUGAUACUAUUGCUUAUAAAUACCGCCUUGAUACAAUACAGGAAAGAAUGAAGAAAGUCAAAGCGAUGAAUUUACAGCCAAUCAAACUCUGGAUGCUCCGACGUAACGAAUCGGACUGGGCGAAUUUGAAAGUAAAGUUGGAUAAACGACGUUAUAGCAGUCAAAAUGCCGAUACUAUUCUCAGUGAGUUAUUUCACUGUGACGAAAAGGCAAUUAAAUCUCUGAAAGACAAGCUGCCAUACAUUAGAAGCAUCAGUCCCGAUAAGUUACUGAGGAACGCAAAGAUUUUGUGUGCAGCAGGCUACAGCAUUGAAGAUAUCCAGAAAUCACCGCGAGUUUUGCUUCGCAAAGGUGAUACUCUGAUCGAGUAUGUGGAAGUAUGCAAAAAAAAUGGUGUUGAAAAGAGACAUCUUUGGACUUUCUGUCUUACUAGAAAAAAAUUUAUAAAAUCUCUGAUGGAAAACAAAUAUUUGUUAUAAGGAAAUGCUCAAUGGUCAUCCUCACAUGGUUUUGUAUCAGAAUUAUUUCCAAUUCAGCACGUCGGUUCUUCUUCCUCGAAACGAUUUUUCUUUCUCACAAUUUUUCAAUUCUGUCGAUACUUGACAGCAGCAAUAAAGGAGAAAUACCAGCAUCCCAAUACUCAAGAACGAAUCUGAAAA